CUUGUAAUCUUGGUUUACCUGCCGACUUGGUUAAAAAAUAAAUAUUAUUUCUGGGAUGUUUGACCGUUUUGUUUACAUUUGUGAAUUUUAACGAGGGGUUGUUUAAAAUAAGGUUUUAGAAAUUAUAUUCAGUUACUGUAUUAAAAACAUCUUAUUUCUUUUUCAGGUAACUUUGUAGGUGAUUUUAUACAAAGCUUAAGAAUUGCUUAUACAAUUUGCGCGUGUACACGCAUUUGUGCAAGAAAGAGCUACGGCAGUGGUAUUUUUUUCACUCAAAGGAAUCUAAAAAUCAGUCAAAAUAGAUUGUAUAAUUGCUCCCGUUCAUGACGUUAUGGAAGUUGUUAACUUCCAUGGGAGUAGUAUGAUGCAGCAAUGUCUUAUAUGUGCUGCGGAGUCUCUCUCGAAUUAUAUUGAUUUGACGUUGGUGACGUCCCAGACUACUCAUAGUGAAACUCCUGUAGAAGAUAAGUUAAGAAAUAUACUCACCGAUAAAUGGAGGGAACCAGAUUCUGAUAUGGCAAUGGUUGUGUGCUUGCCUUGUUUUCAGUUAAUUGAUCAGUAUGAUUCGCUGGAAACUCGUUUACAGCAAGUAGGGAAAUCCAUAUCAGAAAAGUACUGUAGUAGUUUUGGAAGAGAUAAAUUACCCCCUGUUGAUAAGCGGGACAAACAAUUGAAGAAAAAGAGGGGAAGACCUCCGAAACCGAAUGUUAAAUCUCCACCGAAAUUAAAGAUAAAAGAGAUUGUGAAACCGAAACGGAAAUAUUCGAGGAAGAAAAAGACAGAAAAAGAUGAGAACGAGAGCGACUCGGACGGAGACGCGGCAUGGGUGCCAGACCACGACGACGACAGGGACUCCUCGCCGGGUCCCAGCCACAACGCCGCGGAGAGCAACGGGAAGAAGUCCCGGCUGAGCGAGAACGGCACGAAGGCGCGCAAGGAGCUGACGAAGGCACGGGCGCAGGUGGCGGCGAUGGCCCUGGCCCAGGCGGGCUCGUCCUCCGAGGUGGAUGCCCCGGACAACCCGCCCGAGACGCAGAGGCCGCCCGCCCCGCCCGAGGAGAAGAACAACAACGUGUACGACGAGGACGUGGCGUCGCUGGGGCUGAACCCGGGCGAGAAGCUGCGCAUGGGCGCCGCGCUCGAGGCGGAGGACGGCGACGUCAGCUACGCCUGCUCGUACUGCGACGAGGUGUUCGUCGACGUGGGCAUGCUGAAGGCGCACGUGAGGGUGCGGCACCGCCCCGAGACCCUCACCACCAUGCUGCCCGUCGACAUGGGCUUCGGCACCAAGGUCAACUGCGGGGUGCAGCUGGCCGAGGUCACCUCCCACCACGACCUCGGCAAGCCCUUCGUCUGCAUCUUCUGCGACGGGGCGUUCAAGUUCAAGAGCAACGUCCUGCUGCACUACAAGGAGAAGCACACCCCCUACAAGCCCUUCUCGUGCGUGGACUGCAAAGAGGCGUUCCGGCGCUCCAUGGAACUCUCCCGUCACAGAGUGUACUAUUGCCCGUUCCGGAAACGGAGGGUUCCGAAGAAACGGGGCCGGGAGCCCAAGGCGGUGAAGAAAGAAUAAACAUGGUCCUUCUUGAAAACUCGUGUUUCUUGAAACCAGAAGGAGUUUGACAGCAUGAUGUAUUUUAGCAGGUUUGCGCCAAGGAUGCCAUCUGGCUGUAGCUGUCUCGCUUGUUUGAGGUCUAGGAGUGCGAGAGCGGCUGGCACAGUAGGUCCUACAUCCCCUCUAUGCACAACCUUGGUGAACCAAUAUGCAGUCUUUGUGUUGUCGUCUCAUUUCUCACGGUGUUCAAAGUGGUCACCUGGCUAACAGUUGAGAUAAAGAUGUGAUGUAUGUCCUUAUGAUGCUUUCAAAAUUAUGUAUUGGAAUAUUUAUGCCUGUAAUAAUGGUUAGAACAUAUGUGUUUUUAACUUUUAACCCUUGACACAAUAUAAUUUAGAGACAAAAUGCAGAAUCGUACUAGCAUACAUUCCUUGACAGUAUGGUGAGUGCCGUUCAUAAACUGGUGCCACUCUUAAGUGAUUUUUGAGUGGUGUGUUAUCUUAUAUACUUUUUUCAAAUUUUUUUGGCAGUGUAGGCAACUGCGGCCAGAUGGCAGACUUUGGCAGCCAGUUAAAGUAUACAGCACCUAAUUUUUUUAUAUAUAAAAAUAGUUAUUUGGUUUUAAUUUAAAAUAACAGCAGUUUUUAAGGUUCUGCCCCACCUGUCCUUUUUUUUAUUUAAGAUUAUUUACAUUUUAUAUGAAGACAUAUUUGACAAUAGACUUUAGAAGUUUAGUUGCAUGCUGUGGAGACCCAGAAAAAUAAUUUCUUGUGAACAAUAAGCUGUUUCGGCUGUCGAGGUCAAUAUGCGUUGUAUACCGACGUUUUGCUCUCCAACACAGCAGGCAGCUUUAGGUUGAGAAUCAUUUGAUAUAUGGGAGGUGGUAGUGCCCUUUAUACAUAAUCACCAGGAGUCUUCUUCAAGUAGCCAAUCACAAGUGUUCUCCUCCUAUUGGCUUCAGUGCCAGCCAAUCAGAGAAGGGUACACUUGUCGUUGACUGUAUCGGCUAAUCAUGUAUAGCCUUGUUUCGUUGGCUAUUGGCCAGUCUGUGUUAGAAGCUGUGUGGCUUCUUUCCACUUGUGUGUGGCCAUAAUGCAAUAUAUCAUACGUGGUAUUUAAAUAGCAUUUUGCGAAGCGUCACUGGAAUGGCAGGAGGUCGAACCUUAAACUGUAUUGUUGCUGAUUCCUACUAAUUAAUAAGUUGAUAGUUUAGUUAGUUACUAUGUUUGGAACUUGAUGAUAAACUAGAUAACAGCUGCAUGGCCCUAAAUUUGUGGAGGAAAAGCUGUAGGCUACUGUCCAAAAAUGUGAGUGAUAGUAAUACAUUCAUUGUCUUACGUUAGAAAUAUCUUAAAACUUUAUUUAUCUCAAAUUACUACCUUGUUUUAAAAAUAAAUGCAAAAUUGUUAUAAAAAUAAUUAUAGCAUUAAAUUUUACUUGUAAUAUGCGAAAUUACAGGAAUGGGUACUAGAACUUACACAAUCUGCUUAUGUUACUAAUGAGUAGUGCUUAUUGUGCAGUUUUUACUCUAUUUUUCAAGAUUUCUUAUUCUUACAAUUCAGAUCUUUUAACUUUAUUGUGAGUGAUAUUAAUAAACUUUUAUGAAGUGAUUUAUGAAUUUAAACACUAGCCACAAGGAACACAGCAAAAUAUAUCUAACAAUUGUUUUUGUAUAAGUAUAAAUUAAAUUUCUGUUUUUCAUCCAGUUAUUUUGUAAUGUCAUAUUACUGUUAACUUUAUUUAUCAGUGCAAAAAUAUGUUAUGAAAACAUAGUAUCUGUAUUAUAGUAAGAGUUUUAGUAAUAGUUUCUCUUAGUUUUCCAAGGUCAUUCACAUUUUUUUUAGGAAAAAAAUUACAGUCACAGUGUAGGCCUACACAACCUAUGUAGUUUGCAACUUACGUGAAACUUCAGUUAUCUGGUCUUGCAUGGUUUAUCAUGUCUAUUUAGAAUACGUCCCUGAAAGACACUAUAUUCUAUAGCAGAGGUCUCCAAAGCUUUUAGCCUAAGGUUCACUAAUCCCAAUGGCUAAGACCUAGCUAGCUCAUCAUACCAACAUACUGUCAACCUAUGGCGGGCCGGUGUUGGCCCAUGGGCUGUAGUUUGAAGACUUCUGGUAUAUAAGAUCCUUGAAUCGAUACUUCUGAAUAGUUGUGACUUUGCGAGGGUCUCCACUGAAAAGCUGACGCGGUCCUUCACUAAGGGACAUGUCGCUUGCAUCCUGGAGGCCUUACAAGGGCAGGUGUCCACUCCACAAGUACAGUUGGACCAAUUUUUAAGGUACAGUAAAACCACGGCUAAACAUACUAAAAGGGGUGAAGCUGUUUCUGAUAACGAUUUUUUCCGUUCAGCCAUGAACAUCAAUUACGAUUUUUAUCUAACUACAGUAUGUAAUUCUGAAAUUUUUUUUGAAGGUUAAAACUCAAAACUCCCCUUGCAGGCUACGCUUAUGUUCUUUAUUGAAGUUAAAAUAUAUUUUUAGGAUUACAGUACAUAAAUUUAUACUUAGUAUGAAAUACUUAUUCAAAAAAUCUUUUGCCUUCCUCCAAAUGUUUUUGAGCAGCAAUGUCCCAUGCUCUUAGCCUCAUGAUUUUUUCCCGUGCAGUACAAUGUGUGUUUUUUGUAUUUGCAAUUUUGGAGUCAUUUCGGAUAACACUAGGUUUAUCUAACUCGAGUUCGGUUAACCAGGUUUUACAUGUAUAUAUUUCCGGAUCCCUCAGCAUCUUUUACUAACUUCAUUAUAAAGUACCAGUUACACGUAGUCAAGAACUGCUACGUUUAGUGACAGUUCAGCGUGAAGUACCAAAUGUAUGCUGAUAUUUGAAGGUACACUGUAAUGAAAUUUCACUGUGUAAGUAAGAAAAAAAAAUUUUUUUGAACACUUCCACGUUAAAAAUUGCUUGAAAAUUUUUUGUGAAGAAAGCCUCUUUGACACACCAGGUUCUGUUAGCGUCUAAAUAAUUGGGAUAGCCUAUGUACCUGGGUACUCAUUUACCGCAGCCUUGAUAAAGUACCUGUUAUUUUAAGAGCUGCAUCAGUUAAAAGACACAGUAUUACUCUGGAAUGGACUGCGUCACUCACAUACUACUGUUAAGUAUUUAUCCACAUACUUAACACGAGAAGAAAAUGACUAAAUAAACCAGUAAAAUGCAAGUCAUCAGGAUUCUGCUGCAUCAUGUAUUUGCAGGCUACACUUUUCUGUUCCUUGUGUUAGGUGAAAGCUUGCUCUUUUGAGUUAUUGGAUUAUUUGCACCGAAAAUUUAAUAAUAUUUUUAUUAGACAGACAUUCUAAUGCUGGCAUUACUGAUACAUUGAAGUGCAAAACCACUGCCUGCCCAUUCACAGCAUAUUAGUGGUUGUAGGCAACAAUACCCCCAGUACAAAAUAUAUUUUAAGAUUGUUGUUCAACACAAGUGUGAUUAUCUUUAAAACGUGUAUAAAAAUAGGUUUUUUUUUAAAAUUAGUCAUCUUUGCUGAUGAAAAUAGUUUGUGAUUAGAGUAAUAUUUGUGAGCUGAGUUUUGAUGUCCAUUGAAUAUCUGUGCUAAGGUGAAGUGAUUAUUUUGUAUUUUGAGACGUGUGCCCGGUGUUUAGAAAUGCUCUUUUUCCUUUCAAGUGGUUAUACAUACAUGACACACCCACCACUAAGUAUGAGGUAUAUAUUUAUAGUGUGUGUCAGUUAGUUUUGAAUGAAGAGCACAAGCAGCUAUCCAAUCACACGCAAGUGCAUGAAAGAAUCACAACAUUGUGGGUUAUGUCAACAUUCUAGCUUGUUUUCCACCUCCUUCAGCUGGUUCUACCUUAAUUGCUGUCCACGUGAAACAUUUGAGACUUAAGGCGCAGUGUCGCACGCCACAUUUGUUAUUUGGAUUUCUUGUAAUUACUAUUAAUUAAGUGAUUUUUCCUGUAAAUUUCUUCUGAACGCUGCCCUGCAUUUGUUGUCAGGUUACAAUUUUUUCUUGCCAGAUAUUUAAAACAUUUUGAAGCCGUGAAAGGUUGUGCAAUUGAUUAUGAUUAUCAACUCAUGCGUGACUUUUUUACAGCUGUUGUAUAAUCUUGAGUAAAUAGGUGUUGAGAAAUUUUGAGAUGAAGCAUAAUAUGCAGGAGUGCUAUUAUUAUAAUUUAAGGAAAAACCCUCAAAUAAUAUUAAUGACAAAAAAAUUGAUUGACCAACUCUUAGUGUGAGACUGGGCCUUAAGUUACCAAGUUGCAUCAUCAGCUAAGGCAAAUUUUACUGAGCAUAAAAAUUUAAUUAAUUUUUUUAUUGAACUUAACGUCUUGUUGAAAGCAAGGUAAUUGGAGAUGAACGUACAGCCCAGUUAAUGGGGUAAAAUCCUAAAUUAUUUUGCUUCUAAUAUUUUGUGUUUUUCACAUGAUUUGUAAUAAAUUCAUAAUAUGACCAUAGUUAAUUGUUAAUAAACCAUAUCCUUAUCUAAGCUUUUUUUUAAUUAACUUAAUGGUGAAUUUUUAAUGUCAAUUGUAGAAUGGAAUUGUGUGGUAUACAGUUUUGGAUUAACCAUUCGUAUAUAGCCUUAGUUUUAAAACUCUUUAUUUUUAGCAUAUCCUUUAUAAUUCAAUAAAAAUUUGGUUACCCCCCUAAAACCCUAAAAAACUAAUGUUUGUGUGGUUUUGGCAAGUUAAAAAGAAACAUUAAAUAAAUACUUUAUUAGUAGCAAAAGACUUUUGUAAACGAUUAUGUAUGGUUAUAUUAUUUAUUUAUUUGUAAUCAUUUGCAAAAAAAAAUGAAAAAUUAUAAGAAAAAUUAUUUAGUAUACAAACAGGAAACAAAAAUCAGGAUCCCAGAUCCAAGUGGCAUUUUCUAUCAUUGUGCCAGUUCACUGUGCUCAGGAAAUUUGUUAACAUUGGGAUUGUGGA